ACUCCUCCGUCUCCGUUCUCGUCUCCGAAGACAAGAAGGGAACACGAACCGCCGGAGAUGAACACCGCCGGCGAGCCUCCUUUGGGGCACAAGUAAGACGGCGUAUACUGUAGCGCUUGUUUGGUCGUAAUAGGCAGGGCACGCCGCACGCGCCAUUCAUGUUUUGGUUGCCGAGUGAGGACGGUGGUUGUGGUUGGUUGGAGAGGGGAACGAAGGGGGAGGGAGGGUGCGGCGGCGGUGCUGUAAGUGGCGGUCAUCGAUGACGUUUCGGUUCCCGGUGAAGAACCAGCAGGGCACGAUCGACGGCAGUCCGUUUGCGCCGGCGACGGCGAGGGUGUCGAUGUUCCGGAGGCUGAUGGUGCGGGUGACCCCGGCCGAGCGGCUGGCAGCUGGGGACGGCAAGGAGAGAGAGAAGGACGAGAGGGGAGGGGAGGCGGAGGCUGGGUCGGUGGGGCUGGACAAGAUGGUGCUCAGCUUCAUGGAGGAGUCCUCCGCGGCCGUGGAGCGGCCGUCGCGCGGGCGGUGCGGCAACUGCUUUAACGGCAACCAUCAGGACGGCAGCGACGACGAGGACUUCGACUUCCUGCCCUCCGCCUCCGCGCCCGCCGCGGCGCCGGCCGCGGGCGGCGACGCCUUGGAGCUGCUGAAGGGCCUGGUGCAGUGCGCGAGCACGGCGGAGCGGAACCUCCUGGCGGACGCGUCGCGGAUCGCGGAGCGCUGCGGGCGGAAGAAGGCGGACGCCCGGCGCGCCGUGGCGGACGGGCUCCGCGCGCUCGGGUACGACGCGGCGGUGUGCACGUCGCGGUGGGACAAGGCCCCCUCGCACCCGGCCGGCGAGCACGAGUACAUCGACGCGGUGGUGGCGGAGGCGGAGCCCGGGGCGACGGACGGCGUCCGCGUCCGCCUCGUGGUGGAGGUGGACUUCCGGGCGGAGUUCGAGGUGGCGCGGCCCACCAAGGCGUACCGCGCGGCGCUGCAGGCGCUGCCGCCGCUGUUCGUGGGCACCCCGGAGCGGCUGGGCCGGGUGGUGGCCGUGGUGGCGGACGCGGCGCGGCAGAGCCUCCGCAAGCGCGGGCUCCACCUCCCGCCGUGGCGCAAGCACGAGUACAUGCGCGCCAAGUGGCUGUCCCCGCACGCCCGCAGCGGCGGCGGCGGCGGCCCGGACGAGACGCCGGCGCUCGCGACGCCGGUUCCCGCUUUCUCCGGCGUGUUCGAGCCGCGGUUCGGCGAGAAGCCGAAGGCGCCCGGCGACGACGGCAUUCCCGACGGCGGAGAUGACAAGAAGGCCACGGUCGUGGUGCCGCCGUCGCCGUGGCGGCCCGAGGCGGCUAGCAAGCUGAGCCCGCAGCCGCCGCAGGCAAGGAGGAAGGUGGUGACCGGGCUGGCGUCCCUGCUGCUGCUCGCCAGCUGAUCAACCCAAGGAGAUACGCUCUCCCCGGCUCCGGCUCCGGCUCCAAAACAAAUUUCCACCUUUUUUUUUUGUUGCCUCCCUUCCCUCGCUCGCGUUCGUCGAUCCGUCCGAGGGCCGGCUCCAGGUGUUUUAGCGGUUUUUUUCCGGCUCCUCGGAACAGUGAGAGAGAAAGAAACGCCUCCCUUUUCCCGUCGUUUUUUUCUUCUUCUUGUUCUUUCUGUUCAUGCGAGAAAAAAAAAACAAGAGUUUCAGUUGUCCGCGGCCCCGGGGGAACGGAAGGAAUCCGGGGCAGUUUUGGUUGGGUCCCCUUGCCCUCUGUUCUUGGGAGGAACUGAAGCCUCGGCCUGGCUUGCAGUGCUGUACCGUGUUCGUCAGGUCAUGUCAGGCUUGUGACUUCAAUUGAAAGAGGUACUACUACAGUAGUAGUAAAGAUACUGUUUCUGUUU